CGCUGCCAAACCCCCCUGUGCUCACAAAGACAUCUCACAACCACCACCAACUUAACCCCCUCCGCGCGUACAGAUUAGAUCAGCUACCACACAAUAAUGGCAAAGUUCCAUCGGUUGGAGGAGGACGAGCAGUCGAGAUCAACGUUCGGACUGCUGGGAACGGACGGCGAUGAUCCUUUGCUGCUUGGGUCUGCACCGCCGGCAUCGUCGUCGUCGUCGUCGUCGUCCAGGAACAAACUGCCAGCCACACAUGCAUCAAGCCAGCCGGGCGCCGCCGGGUGGAGCAGCGGCGACAUGGGUGCCGGCAGCGCAGCCGUCGAGCUGGACAUCACGUCGACGCGAGCCGCCAGCUUUGCCUCGGGCGGGCCGGCCAAGCUGGGCAAGAAAGGAGGCAAAAAGAACAAGGCAGCACGACAAGCAGAGGGGCAGGCACUCGGCAGCGACGAUGACGACGACGGCCCGGCUGGCGCUGGCAAUUCAACGCGAGUCGACCUCGAUGUCCUCCGACAACCGGCCGCGCUCGAGUUUAUGAUGGGCAAGGGCCUCGACGGUGUGGCCGACCCCAAGACCAUGUUUGCCAACGAGCGGACAUUCCUCAGCUGGCUGUCCUUGACAACGUCGCUGGGCGCAAUUGGCACCCUCCUCAUCACCUUUUUUGACAACGCAGGCAUGGGACUGGGAUGCGCAAUGUGGGCAAUCGCGCUCGUCUUUAUGCUCUAUGCCGUGCGGGUGUUCCGGCGGCGCGCGCAUGCGCUCAAGACGUGCGACCCCUCCGUGUCGUUUGACGAUCCCACGGGACCAGUGUUGCUGGCAGGCAGCAUCAUUCUGGCCGUGGUUGUGUUUAUCCUGUAUUUUGCCAUUCAGAAUCCGACCGCCAUGUUGACAUUGUAGCUGGCUUGGGCCACAAGCGAGGGCAAAAGCAAAAAAAAAAAAAAAAAAAAAAAAAAAAAAAAAAAAAAAAAAAAAAAAAAAAAAGGUUCACAGUUUCCGUUUCUGUCCUGAUUGAUUUUGCUCUAAACAACGCGACCAUUGGAUUGCAAUUUGAGAGCAAGCCCGGUUGUCCAUUCUACAUGUCGACUGCUCUAAUGGAUGACUCUUCUUUUGGAGCGCUAGGUCGAUUUUGCGUGAACAGUUUCGGAUUUGUGUGUCACCACAUGCUCGAGUGCUCAAACUUGAAGUGUUGGAAAAAUAACCCUCAACGAACACGACGAGGACAGCAUUGUAAUGUAGGCACUCAAAGGAGGCAAACCGAUUGCCGAGGCACUUAAAGCGAACAAAAAUCACUCAUGUAAACCAAAUCCGACAUAAAGAGAUUCAAAUGUCACAUCUCGGCCAAACUCGCUGGCUCGAAUUUGAACUUGCCAGCCCUCACGCAUUUGUCGGACGAUGGGAUGACUCGCCCGGCAAAUUGUCGCAUGUGUGAGGUUUGAAUCAACGAAAGUCGGGUGCACAGCACAUUCGUAUCGAACAGCACCUUGUUCAUCUCGGACAGUCAAAUCGAAAGCACAGUCGUCGGUGUUGUCGGGACGGCUCCUCCAGUCACGAAGCACUUGAAUUGCUUUCACACGGAUUGAAUUUCCUUGAGGCACAGUAACUUUCGGAACGCGCCUGUCUUCGAUGUGAAAGUAUUCUCGUUUGGUAUUCUGCAUGCCUUGCCAGCAAUGCGCCUUGUCCAUAAUGAGCUCGGCAAUCUCGGUUGGUAGCGCUGGAAGAGAUAUGCGCUGAUUCUCCAGCUCCAACCCGCUGGUCAGCACGCCGAGCACUUCUUGGAUGUCUUCAGCACUCGCCAAUCGUGGAAGUAAGGAAAACGCAAGAGGGUUGA